AUGCAGCAAUCACUCAGCUUUGACUUACUCACUUCGCACAAUACUCCGCCACUGCCGGGUCUCUCACCAGAUGAACCAUUGAAUCAAUCCAUCGAGGUAUUUGAACCGCGGAGUGCAGCAGACAAUCUUGGAGAAGAAUCACCGAGCUCUUGUCAAGAUGAGGUCACCUAUGCCGAGACUGACACCUUUGUCCCCGGGAACAAAUGGCUGAACCGAUUCGCUGUUGCUUCGCAGAUUUGUGAUCUACGCUCUAGUGUCGGCGCAGAUCCUGUUCUCCCAAAUACAGCUCCCGCCAAGACCUUUACCGUUGUGCUCCCUUGCCCUAGGGACCUGACGCAGGCAAUUAAAAUAGGCCUGGCUGAGAUCGACUGCUUAUUUCCUUCCAUCCAUAGGACGAGGCUGGUAGAAACAAUUUCACGAACUUUGGAGGCGCUGUGCUACUCUUCUACUACCCAGUCUAUCGUCGUGACGGAACAGCAUCACUUGAUUAUAUCAAUUCUUCUCGUCAUCACUGCAGCUGCACAGCUCCUUGACGAAAAGGCCGCUCUCGAUAUGUAUCCAGACAAGGCGUGGCCUGGCUCAGAAGCUUAUUGGCAGAGUAGGAAGCUCGUUCAGCACUUUGAAGGAGGCAGUGAGCUGCAGACACAUUGUGUCGUCUAUCACUGCAUUUCCGCGGCGUAUCUCCUAGCAGCAGAGAGGUUACGUCUUGCCUCGACACACGUACUUAAUGGGCUUCAUUCCGCUGUCAGUUUGGGGCUAGGCCAAAGCCACAGAUUUCCGACAUCGUCAGAGGACGUUGUAGAUACCCUGGCAUUAUGGGUUCAUCUCGAUUUCCUGGACAAGCGCAUCACUCAGAAAUGUGGCAUUCCAUACUUUGUUGGAAACAGUCUGGGGCAUGUGGACUUUGAACACGAGGCCAGUCCUCACAUCAACAUGAAGGACAAGGCGUACCUGAAGACCAUGUUCAGUCAUGCUAGGCUUUGGGCAUCGGUAUGGGAUGGGUUUCUGGCUCCCAAUGCCCCGUUGGCGAGCGAUUGGGUUGAGAUCCAAGCAUUUGAUGCCAAGCUCCUAGCUUUUAGGGAGCAAUACCCCGACAUUCUACCAUGGAACGGGGAGUCAGUGGACGACGCCAUUUUCAAAUCUCCUUCUGAGACAGAAGAUCGACGGCGUCUUCUUGUUUUCCUGGUAAGUCUCGAAAUGGCAGUUGCACGUGAUGAGUAA